ACUAUAAAUGUUUAAUUAAGUUGUUUACUGAAACGCACCCUAAAUACAUGCGUGUGAUGUGGUGUGAAAAAUGCGAGAAUGCAGGAAUAGCAUAAUAUCCAUAACCUAUCUUCUUGUAGAAUAUGAAUAUCUUCAUGUAAACGUCCCAUUUCAAAAGCCCAAGUCAAGGCUGUAGGGGUUCACUUCACCUUGUUUUUUCCGAGGCUAAGUCUAGGUCUUCUCCAGUCAUUGUCCAAAUGAACAAGUAGUGUCAUGAAGACUGGGCAAGAUAACUGAGGAAGUCUCCACUUCUUGUCCUGAUGACUAUAGAGAGUACUUUAUAAUUAAUUGUAGAAGGAUUUCCAAUUGUAAAUGGUACUCCAUUAGAUCAACUAAGAAUAAUACUGCAUUAGAUCAUUAUAAUAUUUUUUAGCUGAUAAACGUACUUACAAUUGGGUCUGAGUGAUUCAGGAUGACCAGAGUUUAUGAAUUUCUGUUUCUUUUGUUUGCUCACCUUAUUAUGCUUCUCUUGGUGGGUGUUGAUGGGAAUGAGUACCAAGGAGAGUGUCCACCUUCAUUUAGCUGUGGAUAUCUUGGCAAUAUCAGUUUCCCCUUCACUAAAACAGAACGCCAGGACUGUGGCUUUUUGCCCAUACCCAAUUGUGAUGAUCCAAUGAUCCAAUUACAGAAUCAAGGAAAAUUGUUUACUGUUUUAGGCGUUUCUCACUCUCAGACUAGUCCUACCGCAACAACUGUUCAUCUUAGAGACAACCAUCUCUACACACUUCUGGAGUCCAGGAAUUGUGAAGCCUUCAGGGAUAAUUACACUCUUCCUCCCACCUCUCACUUUGCUUCUUUUCAUAUCCGUUACAAUGUAACCAUGUUCAGAUGCAACCGCACACUCCAUGUCAGCCCGCCAAAAUACGUGCAUAAAUAUACAAAGUGCCAUGACUACGAUCUCUUUUACAGUUACAACAUCACUGCUGAAAAUUCUUUGGCAGCAUGUACGAAGGUUCAGCUUCCAAUUAAAGACGUCCCUGACUCUGGAGACCCUUUUACAUUCGUGACCGCUGAUAUCUUCACCGAAGUAAAAUUAACAGAAGAGUGUGCAAAUUGUCACUACCACCAUAGAGGGCAGUGUCAACUUGACAGCAGAGACAGAUUUUACUGUGCCAACAGUUCUGACAAAACUGGAAAAAAGGUGCUGAUAGUCACAACAGUGGCCUUGGUGGGCGUUGGAGUUGCAGUGUUGGCUGUCUUGGCUUGUUGCUUCAAGACAAAGAUCAUUCCUUCCCCAUCUCUUUUGUUUUGGAAGGAGAAUCCAACCAAUCAGAUUAUUGAGAAGUUUUUUAAGGAACAUGGUCCCCUUCCAACAGCUAGGUAUAGUUAUUCAGAUGUCAAGAAAAUAACUUACUCUUUCAGAAACAAAUUAGGCCGAGGAGGGUUUGGAUGUGUUUACAAAGGGAAGUUAUGUGAUGGAAGUGCUGUUGCUGUCAAGAUUUUAAGUAAAUUGAAAGGUGACGGACAAGAAUUCAUCAAUGAAGUUGCAAGUAUCAGCAGGACUUCACAUGUCAACAUUGUUAGACUUCUGGGAUUCUGUUUAGAGGGUUCUGAAAAAGCUCUUAUUUACGAAUUUAUGCCUAAUGGAUCUCUUGAGAAGUUCAUUUAUGAAGAGAGAAAAUCAUUCAAGAGCGAUGACCAAUUGGAUUGCAAAACAUUGUUUGAUAUUGCAAUUGGUGUUGCGCGUGGAUUGGAGUACUUGCAUAGGGGUUGCAAUAGCAGGAUCUUGCAUUUUGACAUAAAACCUCACAACAUUUUGCUAGAUGAGAAUUUCAGUCCAAAAAUCUCAGAUUUUGGACUUGCAAAGAUCUGUUCAAGAGAUGAAAGCAUGGUAUCGAUAUUUGGUGCUAGGGGAACUGCAGGGUACAUUGCCCCAGAGGUGUUUUCCAGGAACUUUGGUGCAGUAUCACAUAAGUCAGAUGUUUACAGCUAUGGAAUGAUGGUCUUAGAAAUUGUGGGCAGGAGGAAAAAUAUUACCGAAGUGGAUCGUUCCAGUGAAAUAUAUUUUCCUCAUUGGAUUUACAAUCGUCUUGAAUCAAACAUGGAGCUUGGUCUGGUGAAUAUAAGAAGUGAAAAUGAUGAUGAAAUUGUGAGAAAGAUGACAAUAGUGGGCUUAUGGUGCAUACAAACCAAUCCUUCAACUCGACCACCCAUAAGCAAAGUAGUGGAGAUGCUGGAAGGCAGAGUUGAGUUGUUGGAAAUGCCACCCAAACCGUUUUUAUCUUCUCCUCCAACCUCUCCAAUCCAAUUGGCAUGUGAUAGCUUGAGUUCUAAGAUGUAGUUAUUUCUUGUAUUAUUCAUUUGCAACCAUAAUAGUCUUUUUCAUCUUUUGUCCUAACUCUGGUAAUUGAUGAGUAGAACUAGCUUAUAAGGAAGCAAUGACACCCAAAUAUUAUAUAGUAUAGAGUAUAUACAUUUCAG